AUGCGCUCCCGAACUGGCUGCUUGACAUGUCGGACUCGCAAGCUCAAAUGUGACGAACAGAAACCAGUGUGCGCACAAUGUCGCAAAGGCGGGCGAGAAUGUCGGCCCAGCGAGGGUAUCGUCUUUCGCCAUCAGCAGAAUGCAUCGAUGAACGAUGGCGAGCAACAAACACCGGAGGGCCGAGGGGAUUUGAAGGGGUUCUACUCGUAUAAGAACACGUUUGACAAGGAUAGUGUGUGGCUAGAUAUUCCGAAACAUGUCAUCUUCGUCGAUAAUUCCGAUCCAUACGCCGAGGAUCUCGAGAUCGCAGAGUCUAGCGCUGUCGCGCUGGCUCAGGCCCGCAAUUCACGAUGGGGCAGUGGCUCUAGGGCCAGCGAUGCAGAUGCUCACGGAUUGGAAGCCUUGUCUGCAGUCGCAAGCCACGAUCGCUUCCCAUACUCUCCAAUGGCCCACUCCGUCUCCGACAGCGUCUCAUAUCCCUCUCCGAACCGGUCGCGCAACAGUGCUAUGCCUCCUCCCGCAUCACCGUCCAUAUCCAUAUCCGCCAGUAGCAAUAACACAAAUAUCAACUUUCUCCUGAACCCAUCACACUCGCUAUCACCGCCUGUCGACCCAUCCAUGACACCCGAUCAGAGGAGUGCCUCGCUACCAUCACGCCCAGCCACAUUAGCAAGGUCCAUAAUAGAGCAGAAGAUGGAUGGUCAUGCCGAGACAGACUUUGAAGUUGCAUUUCUGCUGCGGCAUUAUACCGAAGGGCCAGGGUUAUGGAUGGAUCUGUUCGACCUUGGGACAUAUUUUGCAUCUUGCGUCCCAGUGCGAGCGAGGUUGAACCCCCUUCUCAAAUACGCUGCCUGUGCAUAUGCUGCAAAGCAACUCGGCCGCGUCAAGGGCGCGAAGGCGAAGAUGGGCGGCGUAUGCUCUCGGCAAGCCAUCAUGGAGGUAUGGCAUGACAAAGACAAUGACUUUGCCUGGAUUGGGGCGAAAUAUUAUGAAAAGGCCAUUCAGCUGUUGAUGAAAGAGCUUCAACCCGAUGCAGAGGCCCCGCCUCCACUAAGCACACCAGAGGCCUUUGGACAGUGGCAGGCAAACGAGCUUUGCGAUGACGCAGAGAAUCCGCGUAAACGACGGCGACGGGUUUCUAAUAGUAGAUUGUCGCGGGGGGUGCAUUCAGAUGAAAUCUUGGCGGCGACUGCGAUUUUGUCAGUGUAUGAAUUUCUUGAUGCAACGGGCCCUGCCUGGAGUCGUCAUUUGAGCGGUGUCAAGUCUCUGCUCGAUGUGGCCGAGGUUGGCAUUAUGCCAUUGGAGCACCAAUCCUCGGAUGGGGACAGUCCGUAUCAGUAUAAGAAGUCCCGUCUGUCCAGGGCACGCAAGGCAGCGUUCUGGAAUUUUGCCCGACAGGAUUAUCUUGCUGCCUUCAUCAAUGAAUGCCAAACAAGGCUAAACACAGAAGACAUUGUACUGUGGACUGAGGCCGGGUUACUGAUUGACCCAAUGGGCUUUGUGCAACCCAGCAACACGGGCGAGGCAGGGUAUCCCGAGGGCAACGACGUAAUGAAAGAAGACCAAAUCUGCAACGCGCUAGUUUGGAUCAUGUCAAAGAUCGUCAAUCACAUCAGUUCAGGUGACAACCUCAACGUGAACGACACCCGAUCAGUAGACAGCGGGCCCCUUGGUGUCUCGCAGCAGGUCAUCUUCGAACGAUGGUACAGACUCGAAGCCGAGCUGGACACCUGGUACAGCGGGCUACCAGAUACAUUUAAGCCUUGUGCGCGGAUCGACCCAUCCCGCAUCCCGCACUACCGCCCAGCCGACGAAGCCAAGGACCUCACCACGCUGCAAGAAAUCUGGCAUAGCAUCCCAAUGUGUGCGUCCAGUAUGCAACACUACCAUAUGGCUCGCAUCCUUCUGUUGAUCAACAAACCGCACGAAUCGACCUCCCGCAGAAGCACCAUCACCUUGCGGCUGCAGUCUUAUCGGUCGAUCGAGGCUGAGAUUGGCUAUCACAGUCGCGAGAUCCUGGGCAUUGGGCUGGCACGGCCGGAUGGUGGCGUCAGAAUCAAUUCAUUGCAACCGCUGUUUGUUGCGGGACAAUGCCUUACGGAUGCGCGCGAGCGUCGCACGGCGAUUCGACUGCUCCGCGCUAUCGAGGCGGAUCUGGGCUGGGCGACCGAGUAUCGGGUGCAGCAGUUGCUGAAAGAAUGGGGGUGGGACGAGGGCUUCCUGCGCUCAGUGGCGGGCACUUGA